GAGUCAACCAAAUCCGAGAUGAAGUUGGUCAAAAUACUCCACUUUGAGAAAAGGUUUUCAAAUCAGAAAAUUCAACACUACGAUUGCACCUUCCAUUAGACGCGUAGGCUGCUGGAUUUGUGAACGAUCACAGAGCAAAAUAGAAAGGAAAACAUUUCAUCAAUUUCCGAUUACAAAAACUGACAGCCCCAACAACAUAAUGUUAUUUCCGCUGUGUCUAGCAGUACUGAUCAGAGUUGCAGCAGGAAUCAGUGGCGGUUUUACCUUCAAUGGAAAUAUAGAACUCCAAGGCGUAGCAGAGGUAUCCACCAAUGGUCUCUUCAGGCUCACUGACACCACAAGUUUUACAGUUGGCCAUGUCUUUUAUGCUCAGCCGCUGACCUUCAAGAACUCAUCAAGUGGUAAAGCGUUAUCUUUCUCGACAACUUUUGUAAUCGCCAUUGUGGUUGACAAGUCAUCCUUGAAUGGCCAUGGAAUGGCGUUUGUGAUAGCUCCCUCCAAAGAGUUGUCUGGGGCAUCAGCACAAAAUCUGGGGUUGUUUAAUCGUACAAAUGAUGGAGAUCCAUCCAAUCGUAUUGUCGCCGUGGAGUUUGAUAACUUCCAGAACCAAGAGUUCAAUGAUAUCAAUGAUAACCAUGUUGGCAUCGACAUCAAUAGCUUAACAUCAGUUGACUCUGCUCCUGCAGCUUAUUUUGUAGAUGCAACCGGUGAGUUCAAGAAUAUAAGUCUUGCAAGUGGUGAACGAAUACAGGUCUGGGUGGAUUAUGAUGCUACAAGAAAUCAGCUUAAUGUUACUUUAUCUCCAAUUUAUGUUAGCAAGCCUAAACUUCCACUUUUAUCUUUGGACGUAGACAUUUCGCCGAUUGUUUUAGACCAGAUGUAUGUGGGGUUUUCUUCCUCCACUGGUCGAUUAGUUCAAUCUCAUUAUGUUCUUGGGUGGAGCUUUCAAAUAGGAGGGAAAGCUCAACUUGAUCUUUCCCGACUUCCAUCUUUACCUGUCCAAGAGCAAUCCAAAAGUAACAAGAAUAAAGAAUUGGCAAUUGGCUUGUCCGUGACUGGAGUUGUCUUGGCAGCUAUAAUAGUCUCUUUAAUUCUUCUUUUCAAGAAAAAGAAAGACAAAUUCGCUGAGAUAUUAGAAGAUUGGGAGGUUCAGUAUGGACCUCAUAGAUUCUCAUACAAGGACCUAGUUGUAGCUACAAGAGGUUUUAGAGAGAAGGAACUGCUUGGCAAAGGGGGUUUUGGAGAGGUUUACGGAGGUGUUCUUCCUGUUUCAAAAAUCCAAGUUGCAGUCAAGAGGAUUUCUCAUAAUUCUAAACAAGGAAUGAAAGAAUUUGUAGCUGAGAUUGCCACAAUUGGUCGCCUGCGACACCCCAAUUUGGUUCGACUCCUUGGUUAUUGUCGCGGUGAAGGUGAACUUCUUUUAGUCUAUGAUUACAUGCCUAAUGCCAGUCUUGAUAAAUUAAUUUAUAACAAGACACCGGUGACUGUCAAUUGGAAUCAAAGAUUUAAAAUCAUUAAAGAUGUCUCUUCAGGACUUGCUUACCUUCAUGAAGAAUUGGUGGAAGUUAUAGUUCACAGAGAUAUUAAGGCCAGCAAUGUGCUAUUAGAUGGUGAAUUAAAUGGAAAACUGGGUGAUUUUGGGCUUGCAAGAAUUAGUAAACGCGCACAGGAUCCUCAAACUACUCAUGUAGCCGGAACAUUCGGGUACAUUGCACCAGAGCUUGCAAAAAAUGGCAAGGCAACUACAAGCACCGAUGUUUAUGCAUAUGGAGCAUUUUGCUUGGAGGUUGCUUGCGGUAGAAGGCCAGUGGAGUCUCGAGUAUCACCGGAAGAGGCAAAUUUAGUGGACUGGGUGUACCGAAGUUGGAGGGAGGGUAAGAUCUUAAACACAGUGGAUCCUAAACUGAACAAAGAUUUUAAUGUUAAAGAGGUUGAACUUGUUUUGAAGCUCGGACUACUUUGCUCUCAUCCUGUCGCAGAAGUUAGGCCAAGAAUGUCACAAGUUCUGUUGUACCUUAAGGGCCAUGCUUCACUCCCUGAAAACUUUGAUUUCCAAAUUCCAGGUCCAGAUCAGAUAGGAAAGUCGUAUAGUCCUGCCAUAUUGAAUUAUACUACACCUCCAUUUACAGUCACUGAAUCCUUCAAGUCUGCUGGUCGUUGAAUAUGGUAACAUAGUCUGCAUGAGAAAAGCUGAUGUAUAAUUUCACAGCAAGCAAAAUUAGGGGUCAAAAAAUAUCACAGGUGAGAGUAUUUAGAUAAUGUCUGAUAUCUUGAUCAUUUUGAAAAAAUUCUGAUAAAGAUGCAUUUCCCGUAGAAAUGGGGUUAUGUUUACUAUACCAAGCAUCAGAUAUUUAUUGUCAAGAAACCCUUUUGGCUUAGCAACUUGCAACUGCGCAUAUAGUUCAGGUCUUCUGGGUGCUACAAUGAUUCUGUUACUGAAAGUCAGGCAAAAGCAUAUGAAGGAGAAUUUGAUGAUCAUGUUGUAUGGAGGUAUUCUACACCAUCAAUUUCUAAUUUCAUCUGGGCGCUGGCUGCGCAUAUACGGAUAUAACUCGACUUGGUUGUUGCAUUGAUUUCUUUCUGGUAUCUCUCUCUGUAUAUAUAUACCUGUUUGUGCCUUCAGGGGUGAAAUAGAAGUAGCCUGCUACCUAGGAUUGAAAAGUUCAAAAGUAUUUAGUUUCAGUUCUUGAGCUGCCAAUAGUUUUGGUAGUUUUCUAAUUUAUUCCUGGAUUUAACUUUCUCCA